AUGAAGGAUAACCAGCUCCUCCUUAUUCAAGAUGAGGCAAGGCCUCUCUUUCAUCCAUCCUCAAAUCUCUCAGAUACUCAAGCAGAAGAUAUCUGUGGCUCUACUUCAGGGGAGAACCUGCCAGUGACUACCCCUGUUUCUAAUUCAGAAGUCCCCUCUGCAAUUGUUACCCGGCCAAUCUUGUUGGGGGUGGGGGAGACCGAUGACUCUCCAUUGCUGUUGCAGGAAGGAAGGAACGUGUUCAAGUUCUACGCGAGCGGUCGGAGGUUCUGUUCGGGGUUGGUGGCAACGAUGGAGCUGAAGAGCAGGCACGAUUUGAUCUCGAGAUUGUACAAUAUGUUGAUCCCCUGUAAGGACGAGAUCACAUUCGAGGUCUACAUGAAUGAUGAUGCAAUGGAUCAUGUGGUGUUUGCAAUGGCAAGAAAGAAGCUGGCAAAGACAAUGCAGAAGGAGAUGAGGGAUCUGCAGAGGUUUGCAGGAUUGGUGAAUCCUCCGAAUGGGAGGAAAUGGGUGACGGAUGAGCUGCAGGUAGUGUCAGAGUCUAAGGAGGUUGCUGGGGAUUUGAUCACUGAUGUGGUGCUUGAUCAGGUUUUUGGUGAAAAAGUUUUUGACAAAUUCGGAAAGGGCUUCAUCUCAAUGCACAUUUCUGAUCAACACGUUGGCUCAGCCAAAAAGAAGCUGAUGUUCAAGUUUGCUCUUCCUGAUGCUAAUAACAUGGCAGAUAUGACUCGUUUGGUUGCUCUUGUGCCUUAUUACAUUGACCUGAUAGGAAGAUACAAGCUCAGCUCGCAUGCUCGAUCUAAAACAGAAGCAUCCAGAGGAAAGGUGGCCCAAGAGAUGUACAGAGAACUUCAGAAUGCCAGGCAGGAAGCUCUGCAGAAAAAGAAGGCCGACCAGAGAAAGAAGUUGGAAGAGGCUGAGAUGAAGCUUAGUGCAGAGGCCCUUAGCAAGAGAGAAGCUAAAGAGCGUGCUCGUCAAAUGAAGAAGGCUAUGCCGAAAAUGAAGAUGACUAAGGCUCAUUAG